AUGGUAGUUAACUCAGUUCCGAGCAAACCAGCGAGCACACCGGGCGGACCGGCUGGUACCGAUUCCAUCGACCGUCAGUAUUCGUUUUACCGUCCGUAUCCGUUUUUCCACACCAUGUACAACCCAGGCUACAAUCCGUACCUACAGUAUGGGCCACAGCAUCCACCCUUAACCGGACCAGCAGCGGGUCCACCGUAUCCGGUGUACCAGGCAGCUGACAUGUCUCAGGGUUAUAGUUCUAAGUUUGGACCACCGAGUGGAUCCGGUUAUGGAGGAGGUAGCACCGGCCAUGGCUCAUCCUAUGGACCACCGGGUCCUUCAUCAUCCGGAGGGGGAUAUGAAUAUCAUCCUCGUAUGCCAGCUCAUACACAUCAUCCAACAUUUCACUUUUCAAGUCCAAAAUCGAAAAAAGGGAAAGGAGCAGCUCUUUCGGCGCUCACACUACUGGCAUUUCUGUACUUUUUAAACAUGCUGCAGAGCUGCUUGAAGGAACACAUGGACACUAUGAAUCCGACUGUAAUGGUAAUGACUGCGGGUGCCACACGACGGAAGGACGUUGGUGAUGUUAUAAUACAACAACCGGAAGAAAUGGUCGGAGAAUACGAUGCCGCCAAUGGAUAUGAUGUGGCAACAGAUAGAUAUCGUAAUCCGUACAUCGCGGGCGGAAAUCGAACCCAAGCAGGACCGAAUUAUUAUGGAAGCUUCGAUAAAAGUCAUAAAUUCCAAAAACCUGAAGCAGGAGGGGAUCGGUUUCGUGGUUCUUCGAAAGAUCAAGUGAUUUAUUAUGAUGACUGACAAAUAGGAGUUUGAAUAAAUAUAAAAUUAA